AUGAUUGCGCUUCAAGUGAAGCGAAAUAAAGACCGGUUUGAAUUUGACGUCGAUGCAAACGCAACGGUGGACGAUGUGUUUUCUUCGAUUGAGGAAAAGACAAACGCGUUGAAACGAACGAUGAAAUUGAUCGUCAAUGGGAAGACGCUCACCGCUUUUGACGACGGGAAGAAGAUAUUCGCAGAGGUGGUGAAGAAGAAAGGGAGUAAAGUCACGGCGAUGCUGCUCGAUGGGGCGCCGCUGGUAGGAGGAGGGGGAUCGACUUCGGCGGGCGCCGCGAUGGCGAGUUCCGUCGCCGAGAAGCGGAGAAGAGAAGCAAAGGAGAAAAUGAUGGCGCAGAAAGACGAGAGGGCGAAAGAAAGGAAGAGUAAAGGUGUGGAAAGUAGUUAUAACGCAAAUAAUAAAUCUUCCAACUGGGAGAAAACGGGCAUUUGUUCCUCGCAAAAUUCUGGAUUAGACGCGUUGCCCACAUCCGCUUUGGAAGCUUUACGUGAAAGCGCCAAAGUGAAAGUAUUCGAUUUUAGUUUGAAUGCAAUCGCACUCGUGCCAAACUCAAUCAUCACGUUGCCGGCGUUGCAAAAUGUUACGCGCGUCUCUCUUUGCAACAAUGCCAUCGAGAGCGCGGGGAUAGAUUUCAAAGUUCUCUUCGAAAACUUGAGGUUUUUGAAGUAUUUGGACUUGAGCAACAACAACUUGAUCGGCGCGAUGGAUGUCGUCAACAGUCUCCCUUCAGAAGACGAAGAUAAAGAAAAAAGCAAGAGGCCUCCGUUACAGUUGAAGAUAUCGAACAAUAAGAUAACGUCGUUCCCUUCGAGCUUUUUCAAAUCGUGUCCUCCUUUAGAACGCUUCGACGCGAGUGGGAACCAAAUUAGCGAAUCUAUCGAACACUACUUCGUCGGCAGCGAGACGACGCUCGCGCAUAUAAAUCUGGCGAACAAUUUUCGCAUAAACGCGAUUCCAAACGCGUUUAGAAACAUGAAAAGUUUACAAUCGCUCAUUUUAGAUGGGAAUAAGAUAGAUAAAAAAGGCAUACCUGCCGUAGUUUUACGCGAGUGCGACCGGCUCUCGGAACUGUCUUUGAAACAAAAUCAAGUCACCAUCGAAGAACUGCGUGAAUUAGAUGGAUGGGACGCGUAUAACGAAAGACGAGUGUCUCGAGCGGACAAGAUUCUCGACGCGAAAACAAUGCUAGGCGACGCCUCGUUCCGCGAAGGUGCGGAUGCGGAGAGAUACACGAGAGACUUUUAG